CUGUUGAGUGGGCAAGGCAAGCCGAGAGAGGACGAGUCACUCAACUGUGCCGAGCGGACCAUGGCGGCGUCCUUUGACUAUGAGUACAUCAUGAAGUACAUUGUCAUUGGCGACAUGGGCGUGGGCAAGUCGUGCAUCCUGCAUCAGUUUACAGAGGGCAAAUUCAUGGCGGACUCGACGCACACGAUCGGGGUCGAGUUUGGGACGCGGAUCAUCGACGUGCUAGGCAAGCACAUCAAGCUGCAGAUCUGGGACACAGCCGGCCAAGAGCGGUUCCGGUCUGUGACGCGGUCGUACUACCGUGGGGCGGCAGGCGCGCUGCUGGUGUACGACAUCACACGGCGGUCGACGUUUGUGCACCUGGCGUCAUGGCUCACCGACGCCCGCAAUCUCACCAAUCCGAACACUGUCAUUGUGCUCAUUGGAAACAAGAGCGACCUCUCGACCCAGCGUGACGUGACCUACGAGGAGGCCGCCAAGUUUGCCGAGGAGAACGACCUGCUCUUCCUCGAGACGUCGGCAAGGACCGGCGACGGUGUCCAGGACGCCUUCUUUGACUCGGCCAAGCUCAUCUACAAGAACAUCAAGGACGGCUCGCUCGAUCUCAACGAGGGCGAAGUCGGCGUCCAGUACAAGCCUGCCGCUGGCUCCACCACCUCCUCCUCCCGCAUCAUCACCGGCGAGAGUGCCCCGGCCAAGAAGGACUCGGGUGGCUGCUCCUGUUGAGCCCCCCCUCUCCUCUCGAUCCACAAUGAACGCGUGGCUCGCGACUUUCGGCUAGCCACGGUAGCCAGAGACGAGGAAACAAGCCAGCCCCCCA